CGUUCAUUGAUAACAUGCUCUUAAGAAGCUCAGGAAAAAUAAAUGUGGGCACGAAGAAAGAGGAUGGUGAGAGUUCAGCCCCCACCCCUCGCCCCAAGAUCCUUCGUUGUAAAUGCCACCACCACUGUCCUGAAGACUCAGUCAACAACAUCUGCAGCACAGAUGGGUAUUGCUUCACGAUGAUAGAAGAAGAUGACUCUGGGAUGCCUGUUGUCACCUCUGGAUGUCUAGGACUAGAAGGGUCAGAUUUUCAAUGUCGCGACACUCCCAUUCCUCAUCAGAGAAGAUCAAUUGAGUGCUGCACAGAAAGGAAUGAAUGUAACAAGGACCUGCACCCCACGCUGCCCCCACUGAAGAACAGAGAUUUUGUUGAUGGACCUAUACACCACAAGGCCUUACUUAUAUCUGUGACUGUCUGUAGUUUACUCUUGGUCUUCAUUAUUUUAUUCUGUUACUUCAGGUAUAAGAGACAAGAAGCCAGACCUCGGUACAGCAUUGGGCUAGAGCAGGAGGAAACUUACAUUCCUCCUGGAGAGUCCCUGAGAGACUUAAUUGAGCAGUCUCAGAGCUCGGGAAGUGGAUCAGGCCUCCCUCUGCUGGUACAAAGGACAAUAGCUAAGCAAAUUCAGAUGGUGAAGCAGAUUGGAAAAGGUCGCUAUGGGGAAGUAUGGAUGGGAAAGUGGCGUGGAGAAAAGGUCGCCGUGAAAGUGUUCUUCACCACAGAGGAAGCCAGCUGGUUCCGGGAGACUGAGAUAUAUCAGACAGUCCUAAUGAGGCACGAAAACAUUCUGGGGUUCAUAGCUGCAGACAUCAAAGGGACUGGUUCCUGGACUCAGUUAUACCUCAUCACAGACUAUCAUGAAAAUGGAUCUCUUUAUGACUAUCUGAAAUCCACUACCCUAGAUGCAAAGUCCAUGCUGAAAUUAGCCUACUCUUCUGUCAGCGGCCUAUGCCACUUGCACACAGAAAUCUUCAGUACUCAAGGUAAACCCGCCAUUGCCCAUCGAGACCUGAAAAGCAAGAACAUCCUGGUGAAGAAAAAUGGGACUUGCUGCAUAGCAGACCUGGGCCUGGCCGUCAAAUUUAUUAGUGACACAAACGAGGUUGACAUCCCACCGAACACACGGGUGGGCACCAAGCGCUAUAUGCCUCCGGAAGUGCUGGAUGAGAGCUUGAACAGAAAUCAUUUCCAGUCUUAUAUUAUGGCCGACAUGUACAGUUUUGGACUCAUCCUCUGGGAGAUUGGAAGGCGAUGUGUUUCUGGAGGCAUAGUGGAAGAAUACCAGCUCCCCUAUCAUGACCUGGUUCCCAGUGACCCUUCUUAUGAGGACAUGAGAGAAAUUGUAUGCAUCAAGAAGCUACGGCCUUCAUUCCCCAAUCGGUGGAGCAGUGAUGAGUGUCUCAGACAGAUGGGGAAGCUCAUGACAGAGUGCUGGGCUCACAAUCCUGCCUCCAGGCUGACCGCCUUGCGAGUUAAGAAAACACUUGCCAAAAUGUCAGAGUCCCAGGACAUUAAGCUCUGAUGGCAGAUGCUUGUGGACAGAGCAAGAGAUUCCACAGGAGCAUCCCUAGCCCAAGCCUUGAACAUGGCCCUACAGCCCAAUGGCUUCAGACUUCCCCUCUCAGGGAGUAUGCUGGACAGACACAGAGGGCACCAGAUUCAUCGUGACUUUCUGAGGAUGGGAAUCCAUUUGGGUAACUUGUUCAAGAUACGAUGCACACUGCUUUCUGAGAAAGCCCUGUAUUUUGGGAUUGACAUUUUU